ACCAGCUGUUCUUGUUUUUCGGAGUCUCUAACGAAAGUCGGUGAAAAACUUUGUUUUGCUUAAAUUUAGUUCGUUUGUAAAUUUCCGACAUGAGCAGCUCAAAGAAAAAGGCUAAAAGUGAUCAAAUACCCAAGCCAAUAACCAUUAAGAAAGAAAAAUCAGAGGAGGAUCGUACACUUCAUCCGAUUUCUCACUACAUCGAUGAUCGUCUCGAGUUGGUCAAACAAAUCUUUGGCACACUGAAGCCAAAGACAAUCAUGAAUCUAGCACCAGAGUUUUUAAAGGAAACUAGCUUGGAUGAAAUAGAGGAACUUUGUCUAAAUGAGCUCCUUUGCGUUUCAACCAAGCGACUGAAAUCGAUUAUUGAAGACACGCGUUGUCCGACAGACACGGAGAGCUCUGAGGAUUCCGAUGUAGAGCACAAAGAAGAGCAUAUAUCGCUGGAAGAGAUAUCUUCAGACAGCGAUAUUGGAGGCAGCCAGCUACGUCGUGCUAAUAAAUUGCGGAAAUCAAGCGCUAAAAGAGCCGAUAAAAUCAAUGAAAAUAAGGAACCGGAUGGACAAAUUAGUGUGUUGGAGUUGCUUGAACUCCAGGCGAGAGCGCGUGCUAUUCGUUCUCAGCUGGCCAUGGAGCCCAUAACAAAGAUCGAGGUGAAGUCGGAUGAUGAUGAGGAGGAGAUGUCCAAGAAGCUGUCAGAUAAGGAAAAGCGCAGUCACAAGCGAAAGUCGAACGAGUCUGCAACAAGCAAAGCAACCAAGAUUCAUGACCAUCCACAUACCAAUGGCAACACCAAUGGAAAAUCAGAUGCAGCUCCUCAGAAAAAGAUUAAGCUAAAACGCAACUAUCGCACGUCAACUAAAUCGCCGGAAAAGGAAAUCGUUAGCAAUUCCAAAGAAGUUGAAACGAAGGCUGAGCAGGUUCUGGAGCUACACAACUCGCGUUCAGCCUCACCGGAUGUAAUACCAAUACCAGCUGAGCCAGAGACACUGCUCAUCAGUGAUAGCACUGAUGAUGAAAGCAAGCAGCCGCCAAAGGAGCCAAUCCCAACAGCAACAGUAGCAGCAGCAGUAGCUGAUGUGCAACCAGAGCCACCUGCCGUAGCACCAGCUGUAGAAAGCGAACCUGAAGAGGGCGAGGUGAGAGAGGACAGUGAAACUGAAGCUGAAGCGCAGCAAGCAGCUCCAAUUGAGCAGGAGCAGCCAACUGAGAUUGAAGCUCCUAAAGAAGUAGCAGAACUAAAAGUAGUUGAAGCCACAACAGAAAAUGUAACCACAGCUGAAGUUACACCUGUCGCAGUUGUUGAACAAGCUAAUAUUACAGCAAAAGAAACAGUCGAGCAGCCCAUCGUAGAUGAUGAGGAUCAGAACGACGAUGUCAUUUCAAUAGGAGGCGAUUCGGAACUGAUUGAGGAACUGGCCACAGUAGCAGAUGAGCCAGCUAUCAAAGUCAAAAGUGAGGAGCCCGAGAAGCUAGACGAGCCUGAUGAGGAGGAUAAUGAUGUCAUAUUGCUGAAUACCAGCGACGAUGAUCACGAAAAGCUACAGGAAACCAACUCAGAGUCGUGGCGCACACGCUAUCUGAAGAGCUCCAAGGUCAGUCAGGUGCUAGCCGCCUCGCGGCUGGGCAAGCGCGUGCGUGAUAAAAUCAAGAAAUCGAAUCGCGCUCAAAAGCGCAACGAUUCAAAGUCAGGCAGCGAUGAGAAGUCGUCGUCACAGCAGCAGCAGCAACAGCAACAAUUUACCUCCAAGCAUGAGGAUGGUUCCAUAGAGCAAUACCAGGAGCUACUACAGCACCGCCAGCGCAAGAGCUCAAGCAGCAGCAAGGGCGACAAAUAAACGACUCGGCGCAGCGAUUGUUAUUGAAAACUCGCUUAGUAUAUGGCCAAAUUAUAUGGCAUAUAAAAAAUAUCAAAAACAAAAACAACUCAAAUAAAAUAGGUACCAAGCGAACGCACAGAAAAUUUGAAUAUAUCGUGUUAAGCGCAUAUUUGAUUUGCCUUCAUGUAUAUACCCUGUAAACAAACAUUUUUAGAACAGGUCGAUGCGUGUUUAAGGCUGCAGAGAAAGUUGUAGACGUUAGUUCUAUAGUUUUUACAAAUUACAGAAAUCUGUUUGCUGAUACUUAUUAUAAAAAUGAUGUUAUAUUUUUUAUAUGAUAUGAGUAUUCACAGCAAAAACUUUUUCUACAAUUUAAAAACGUAAAUAACACUAAA